GCUGAGCACGGCCAGCUUCAGGAUGGAUCACCAGCUCCCACUCCUGCUGCGCCACUACGCCGCCCUGUCGCCCUCGUCCCCGGCCCUCCUCCCUGCACCGCCUUUCCCGACCUCGCGCCAGCUCUCGCUCCCGAUAACCCAGCAGUGGCUCGUCGACCACCUCCUCGAGCACGAUCGAGACCAGCAGGACGGGGAGCGGGGCGGUGCAGCGUGGAAGAAGGUCUUCUGGAGGCGGGUCGUCAAGGCUGUCGAGGACGGCUUCGACGUGCGGCGCGCCGACGGCGACGAGCAGGUCGACGACGAGGAGGUCCACCCCGACAUUCUCGAGACCAUGGUCGAGUACCUCUCGUCCGGCGCAGCGGCGGGCGCACCGGGCGUCUCGACCCGCACCUACUACUGGGGCGACCUGUCGAAGGCGCCGAGCGAGUGGGAGAGUCUGCACACGCGGGAGGAGGGCAGGCUCAUCAGCGGCGCCGCUCGUCUGACACAGGAACGACGGGCUUGCGAACCUGGCAAGCCUGCAUCGCUCUCUCGAACCACCUUAUCGCCGCACCGCACGUCCUCGAGCGCUCGUCCCGCAUCAUCGAGCUCGGCGCAGGUGUCGGGCUCCUUUCGCUCGUCGCGGCACGGUUAUGGCGCGCGGCCGGGCGGCGAGGGCGGAUCAUCGCGACCGACGUCGACGAGAAGGUGCUCGACGUGUUGACGAGCAAUCUCGGGCUCAAUGAACUCGACGACCUCGCUCGGUGCAGCAAACUCGACUGGGAGCUCGCCGCCGACCUCGACGCACACGGCGACGAGCUCUCCCAGUGGGAGCGACAAGCCUUCGACGACGGUCGAGCAGAGCUCAUCCUCGGUGCCGACAUCGUUUACGAUCCCUCUCUCGCCGUUCUACUCGCCGCGACACUCGCAUGGCUCCUUCGUCCUGCGACCGACGUCGACACGCCGCCACCGCAAGCGCUCAUCGCGGGCACGGUCCGCAACGAGUCGACGUGGGCCACCUUUCUCGACGAGUGCGAGCGACGUCGGCUGCGGGUCGAGCCGGUCGAGCUGGAGGAACCGCCACAGCAGGGCGGAUUGGUCGGGGCAGAAGGGUGGGAGGGCGAGGGCGAGGUGCGACUGGUGCACCUGACGGCCUUGUGAGCUUGUCCGUGCAAUAGAGCCGCUGUGAAAGCCCCGUC